UGUCUGCAAAACGUCCUGAUGUGGAACAUGUAUGCUGAUCAAAGCUCUUUACCUCAUUCUAACUUUGCUUGAUACAUGCUUCUUCUUUGUUGCUGAAUGAAAAGGUAAUGAAGAUAGAGUCAACAAGAUGAUUAUUUUUUUUUCGUAAGGAGAUCAUCUAUAACAGUCUACAUAUUUUUCUCGGCAUAAGACUCCUAAAAAAAAUCCAUGCCCAUAUUAUUCAAAAUUUAGGUUCAUUUCUUUUUCUAGAACAAGCUCAAUGGCUAUGGAAAACAACACGCAGAUGACAGUGUUUGUAUUUUCUGGACUAACCGAGAAUGAUAAACUCAUCCCGGUCCUCUUCACUUUUUUCUUGAUGGUGUACCUCGUGACCAUAAUCGGAAACAUUGGCAUAGUUAUUCUUGUCCUUGGUGCCUCCAACCUUCACACUCCAAUGUAUUUCUUUUUGAGUUUCCUCUCAGUUGUUGACCUCUUCUACUCUACAUCUGUCACUCCUAAAAUGUUGUCUGACCUUAUAUCUCUCAAGAAGACCAUAUCGUUUAAUGGUUGUGCCGUCCAAUUUUUCUUUUUUGCUGGCCUAGCAGUAACUGAGAUUCUCCUACUCUCCAGUAUGUCAUAUGACCGAUAUGCUGCCAUUUGCCACCCUCUUCACUAUGUUUCCAUCAUGACCAAAAGCAAAUGCGUGUCUCUUGUUGGUUUCUCCUUCGUCAUGGGCUUCCUCCAGUCAGUUGUACAGACCAGCUGCUUGUUCAAUCUCCAUUACUGUGGUUCGAACCUUAUAGACCAUUUCUACUGUGAUGCCCCCCCUAUGCUCCAGUUGUCUUGCUCCAAAACACUUCAUUGCAACAUGUUAACCAUUCUCUUUGUUGGUUGUUACUGUUCUUAUUCGCUGUCAGCAAUCCUGGUCUCUUACACGUUUAUCUUUAACACUAUAUGCCGUAUAAAAUCUUCUGAAGGACGUCAGAAAGCUUUCAGUACUUGUUCUUCCCAUCUCGUGUGCGCCAGCAUCUUUUAUGUUUCAGUUUUCAUUACUUAUUUGCGCUCACCUUCCAGUGCCCUAGAAAAACAAGACAAGGUGGCCUCUGUGUUUUAUUCAGUAAUGACCCCAAUGUUGAACCCUCUUAUCUACAGCUUGAGGAACCAAGAGGUGAAAAAGGCCAUCAUGCAAGCAAUGCGUAAAAGUUCACAUCUAAUUAAAAAGUAAUACAUGUUUAUAUUAUGUUAUAUUAUUUUGAUUUUAUAAGGCAUGGGAAAAGGUGGGAACACAUGUUGGUUUUUCCACUGGGGUUAUUCACCCUACGAGCCCUGGUAACCAAUAUCACUACAACAGAAAUUGAUAUGGAAUCCAACAAUUUACAGUGUUCACUGAAACAGGAGGUUCGGGGAAAUCUUCUAAUAGGGACACCUGUUCAACUGACAAAUGGCCAUUUAGGAGAGGAUUUCUUUUCUCCGGGACAGGAAGUGAAGAAUUCUCCCCAUCAAGACAGUAAAAAAAAAGAAAACAAAAAAAAAAAAAGCUUGGUUAUUUGAUAAACUAAGAUAAAUUAGGAUGUUUUUUCUUUUAGGUUUAAUAACACAUUUCAGAGAAAUUUUUAAGCUGCAAAAAGGUAACAGAAUAAGAUUGCCAUUGCUUAAUUUUCCUUUUUUUUUUGUUCUUUUAGUUUCUUAAAGUUUGGAAGAGUGUUAUUGAACAAUAGCUAUGUUUCUAAUUAAAGGGGUUGUAAACCCUUGCAGUUUUUCACCUCAAUGCAUUCUAUGCAUUGAGGUGAAAAACCUCUUGUGGUCCACCAGCCCCCCAGAGCCCCUCUUUUACUUACCCUGAGCCUGAUCGUUCCAGACGGUUUCUCUGGUCCCGAUUGGAUAGAUUGAUAGAAAAAAUAUAUAGUCGCGCUAAAAACUAAUAAAAAUGAAUUAAAACAAAUAUGUACAUAUACUGAAGUACAAUUCAAAGAAAAUAUCAAUCCUUAAAUGAUGAUUGUGAACACAUUUUGUGGUGAAGACAUUAAUCCCCAUUCAAAAAAGUCCAUGAAAUGAGUGACUAAGUGAAUAAAUUCUUAUCGCUGGCCGCAAAGAGAGUGUUCCACCACCAGUGUGAAAGUCCUUAAACGAUAUAAUCAGAUUGAAUCACAGAUGAAAGUGGCUACCAAUCCAAUGAAAUCCUCCACCGAUAAAGCACACAGAUCUGCUUAUCAGACCCCGGUGGCCCCUUAUUAUGAGGGACCCCAGGAAGCAUGUAGAUAUAAGAACUGCUGGGCUUUGUUACUCCAGGUGCCUUGCUAAUAAUCAUCUCCACAUUCCAUGGCGCUGAAUACCAAAUGAAGUGAGGGUAUGGAAAAAGACGAAAAAUCUUUGGAUAGUGUAAAAACUUCUUAACUUUAAUAAAUAAAAGGAAGUACAAACAUUGCACUCACAGUUUUGCAGUGACAGAUAAGCCUAGAGUCUGCUGUGCCGGCCGGACACAAGCAGACAGACCCGUCCAUCUGGGGAAUACGAGCAGUCCAGAGAGGUGACGUCAGCGCGCCGCUCGUUCCGCCCUACUAGUUUCGUGAAAAAUCACAUCUUCCAGGGGCAGCGCAGCCAUCGGCUCCCGCUGCUGUCAAUCAUAUCCAAAGAUGCAGGAGCCGGGGAGCGGAGCUGAAUCCUGCUGUUUGCGUCAAUGGACGCAGCAGGAAAAAAAAUAGAAAGUAACAAAGAUACUACAAACGCAAUGACGUCAGCACGUCAAAUCCUCCCGACGCGCGUUUUGUCAUAUAAUGACGUUUGGUGCCCCAAUAUUCAUCCAAUAUUGGACUCUUUAUUGGACUAUACUGUAUAUUGAAAAUUCUGCACACCAUGUUCUAAUAAUGUAAAUAUAUUGGUCUAUCAAUAUUUACAUCACUGUGUAACUUUAAUUAGUAUUAUUUAUAUGUGGGUUAUUCAAAUAUUUUUUACAGGUUGGGUUAGCGCGGCUACACUUCUUGCCAUUGUUUAUAAGUGUGUAUUUCACUUUCUAGCUGCUUAGUUUAGGUGUAAUAUUAUUUUAAUCUGUAUUAGCGCAAUUAUUUUCCAUUUACAUUGUGUUUUUAAAUAUACCCUUUCUUUUGCCUUUUAUUAGUUCUUUAAUGUAUUUUGGGUAAUGUUGUUCAUGUUCAAUCCAGCGCUUUGAGGGUUGAUCUGGAUAUAUUUCAGCUUAUUUUACAUGCUCUUGAAGCACGUUGCACACUGUUUGACAAUUGUAAGCUGCAGUAAUUGUGACUCUUCUCCAAUCUGCUAAUGAUGAUUGCUAAAUUUAAACAAUUGAUUAACAAUUGAUUAUUGCUUUCUGUUGUUUUGUGAUCCAUGUUGGACGUAACUCUAUUGUUGUGGAAUAUAAUAAAAAAAAUA